CUCCCCGCGGUGCUUCCAAGGCAGCAUAACUUCGGGUCCAGCCAGACUGGGCUGUCAGGCUUUUCCAGGAAGGAUUCAGGAACCCCUUAACUAAUCCUGGCAGUGACCUGGAAGAACCCGGGAGACCCGGUGGCAGCCAGGCAUCCAGGAUGUUCACUCUGACCAAGGCCUUGGAAAAGGCUCUUCUCCAGCAUUUCAUAUACAUGAAGGUGGACAUUGCCUAUGCCAUCAACAAGCCAUUCCCCUUCUUCGAAGCGCUCCGGGACAAUUCCUUCAUCACUGAGAGAAUGUACAAGGAAUCUCUGGAAGCCUGUCGAAAUCUGGUCCCUCUGUCCAAAGUGGUGCACAAUAUUCUCACCAGCCUGGAGCGGACUUUCCACCCGUCAGUGCUGCAGACAUUGUUCAGCCAGAUCAACCUACGGGAAUACCCCAGCCUGAUGGCAAUUUUCAGAAGCUUCAGAAACGUUGGUUUUACCUAUGAAGAGAGAAACAGCCCCCCACUGACCCUGCUGGAAGCCAACCCAGCAGAAGGGUGCUCCCUUCAGACACUGCUGCCACCGCCCGGACCCCAGUCAUCGCUACCACGUCAUCCAUCUUCAGCACCGAGAGUCUGCGACCCCAGAGCAACCUCACAGCCCAUCAGUGAGAUCCUGGAUGAGCAGCCCAGUCCUUCUCCCCGAGCUGUGCCUCUCCCUGGCUACAUUCAGGAAGGAAAAACCACACCAGUGGUAAAAGAUGAUUCUCCAGCAUCAAAUGACCUAGAAAUGGCCCAUGAAGUACCCUGCACACCUGAAAACAAGAAAGCAAGAAAAAGAAAAAGAAAAAGUUUCCUCUGGUCAUAUUCCAAAAGAAGACGGCAGAAAAAAAAGCCCCCUCAAGAUGAAAUGACAGCAGGAGCGGCCUCACCUGGACAUGGAGUUCAAAAGAAGCUCAAGGUGGUGAGUCAGAGGACUCUGAGGAAGGAUGGCUCAACUAGGAAUGUGAAGGAGGUGACCCAGACACUGAGGACAAGGACAAGCUGUUCCCAGACAUCCAGUUCACAAGAGAUCAGCAAAGAGGCACCAAAAACAAGUGGUAGAAAGAGGCGUGGGAAGAGGCCCAGCACAGCAGGAAGAACCACACAGGUUCCAGAAAAGCCCAAGAAUGACGCUGUGGAUUUUCUCUCUCCUACACUCCCCGUGACCUGUGGUAAGGCUGAAGGGACUUUGUUCCUAGAAAAACUGAAGCAAGGAACCUCAAAAAAGUGCAUUCAGAAUGAGGCAGGAGCUUGGCUCACUGUAAAGGAACUUUUAAAUGAAGGGGAAAGGGCCUCAUCAAAAGACUGGAAGAAGGCUAUACGUUUUAACGGGAAGCCAUUAAGACAUCUGGAGCAGAAAGGACUUUUGUCCUUCUGUACCUCCAAGAGUAAACCUCAAAAGAAGGGUGCCUAACGGAUGAACUCCUGACGUGUGCUCAGCUCCUGCAUGCUUGCUCUCUCUCUCUCUAUGUGUCUGAACUUUGCCUUCCAGCCUCUGAGUGUCCCAGCUCUGAGAACUUUUGUAGUUGUGGUCCUCAUCACAACUGACCCAGCACUGGGGUACACGCGCACGAUGUCCUUGUUCACAGCUGACUCGAAAUGGCAAAGUGCAUGAAUCCUAGACAGUAAAGAUAAAGCUGUUGGUGUCUCUGUGCCUUUGAAAACUAUCUUGAUA